AUGUCUUCAACUACAGGUGCUGAAGUCCUGACACAAGGCACAGGGUAUGGCGUCGUACUCGGUAUCGGUUUCGUUUUCGCUAUCAUCAUGAUGGGUUUGUCAACCCUUCAAAAUCGCUAUACGACCUACAAAAUCUCUACUUCCGAGGAGUUCAAUACAGCGUCACGCAGCGUCAAACCCGGUCUUAUUGCUUCUGGCAUCGUGUCGGCAUGGACCUGGGCGGCAACACUUUUACAAAGCUCCACAGUGACCUACGAGUAUGGUUUAUGUGCUGGCUAUUAUUAUGCAGCAGGUGCUACGAUUCAAAUAUUCGUUAUGGCAAUUCUCGCCGUGCGGGUUAAACAGAUCGCGCCAUACUGUCACACCUUCCUCGAGAUUGUUCACGCUCGUUACGGUAAUACAGCACACUUCAUGUUCGCGACUUUUGGACUGGUCGUCAAUCUUAUUGUCUCGAGUAUGUUACUGCUUGGUGGAAGUGCAGUUGUCAAUGCCUUCACUGGGAUGAACAUCUAUGCCGCCAACUUCCUCAUUCCGCUUGGAGUCUGUAUCUAUGUCAUCCUUGGGGGUCUUCGCGCCACGUUCCUAUGCGAUUACUCACAUACACUCAUCUUGAUGAUCCUUAUAUUUUACUUCUUCUUCUGGACAUACACAAAAGCAGACCUCGUCGGCGGUUUUGAGGGAAUGUAUAACUUGUUGCAACAAGCGAGCAUUGAACGACCUGUAGCCGGAAACCAAGAUGGCUCAUACUUAACCUUGAAGUCCAACUAUGGACUUACAUUUAUGAUCAUUCAGAUCACUGGUGGAUUUGGUACUGUCAUGCUGGAUCAGGCUCGUUAUUUGGGCUACUGGCAACGUGCAAUCGCAUCAGAGGCAAAGACUGCUGUCCAAGCCUAUCUGAUGGGCGGUAUUGCCUGGUUUGCUGUACCUCUUACCUUCUCCUCUAUCAUGGGUCUUGCUGCUGUCGCGCUUGCCAAAAGUCCCAGCUUCCCGUACCCUGGUGGGCUUACAGCAGCGGAGAUUAAUGCUGGCCUAGCUGCUCCCGCUGGUGUAGUGACACUAUUGGGUAGUGGUGGUGCAGCAGCUAUGUUGAUACUGCUUUUCAUGGCAGUGACCUCAGCUGCAUCUUCUGAGAUGAUUGCGACAUCGUCCAUUCUUACAUUUGAUCUGUAUCAGAUCCACUUUAAGCCUGAUGCAUCACCAGAGUCUCUUAUACGUGUAUCUCACAUAAUGGUCGCAGUAUGGGCUCUGGUAAUGUCGUGUGUUGCCUCAUUGUGGAUCGGAAUAGGAGUGUCUUUGAACUGGCUAUUCUUAUUCUCGGGGACUCUAUUCACUGGCGCUGUUGGCCCAGUCAUCUUUAGUGUGGUAUGGCGCCAGCAAACCAAAGAGGCUGCCAUCAGUGGUGCAUUGGGAGGAGUAGUGGUUGGCAUAAUUGCAUGGCUGUCAGUUGCAAAAACAUAUUACGGUGAAUUGACUAUCGCAACCACAGGUAAGCUCUUGUUCACUGCAAACACCGUGUUCUAUGCUGAUGAAGAACAAGGCUUAAUGUAUCCCAACCUCGCUGGAAACCUGGGCGCUUGCUGCUCGGGCGCUAUCAUUUCCGCUGUCGUCACUCUCAUUAAACCUGACAACGAGUUCGAUUGGUCUGCUACUAAAAGAAUCAAUCCCAGAGCAAGAGAGAUGGAUCGAAAGCGAGCAACCCUACCGGACUCUGCGUCUGGCCCUGGAUCCAACUCACCUGUCGAGAAAGAGAAACAAGAAGAUGCCACGGCAGAUGUGGCAUCGGCGGAAGACGACACAACGAUUGAUGUCCCAGCUGAGGAAUCCGCCGAGCUUCAGAAGUCACUCAAGGUUGCUACCUGGGCAGCAUUGAUACUGACAUUCAUCGUACUUUUCCUUAUACCGAUACCCAUGUUCCUAUCACACUACGUGUUCUCUCUGAACUUUUUCAAGGGUUGGAUUAUCAUCUGUGUCGCGUGGCUCUUCGUGGCUGCUGGUAUUACAUCAAUCCUACCUCUGUGGGAGAGCCGUGCAGCGAUAAAGGACAUCUUCUCGGGGAUGGUUCGGGACAUAUUUGGCGGUGAAGCGCGAAAGAGGGCAAUUGGAAGUAGCAACACCGAUGCAUAGUUGUGUU